UUGUACCGGUCAGUGUCACUGGCAUAUAAAAAAGCCGAAAGGCUCUUCUCAAUCUCAUCAUUUCUGUUUUUUUUCCCCCUUCAAAAAGCGUCGGGCGCCAGGCCUUCUUUUGCGCCUACCGAUCUAAAGUCUAAACCCUAGUUUCAAGCGAAAGGAAAAAAGAAAGAAGAAAUGCCGAGAGAAAUCAUAACACUGCAGGUGGGACAAUGCGGGAACCAGAUUGGAAUGGAGUUUUGGAAACAGCUCUGCCUCGAACACGGCAUCAGCAAAGAAGGCAUUCUUGAAGAUUUCGCUACUCAGGGAGGUGACAGGAAAGAUGUCUUUUUCUACCAAGCUGACGAUCAGCACUAUAUACCACGUGCUUUACUCAUAGAUUUGGAACCUAGAGUAAUUAAUGGAAUUCAAAAUAGUGAAUACAAAAAUCUAUACAAUCACGAAAACAUCUUUGUUUCUGAUCAUGGUGGAGGUGCUGGAAACAACUGGGCCAGUGGAUAUCAUCAGGGAAAGGGUGUUGAAGAGGAUAUAAUGGACAUGAUUGACAGAGAAGCUGAUGGAAGUGAUAGUCUUGAGGGUUUUGUUCUCUGUCAUUCAAUUGCUGGAGGGACAGGCUCAGGUAUGGGUUCCUAUCUGUUGGAGGCUCUGAAUGACCGCUACAGCAAGAAGCUGGUUCAGACUUAUAGUGUAUUUCCUAACCAGAUGGAGACAAGCGAUGUGGUGGUCCAGCCGUACAACUCACUUUUGACACUCAAACGACUAACGUUAAAUGCUGAUUGUGUUGUUGUUCUUGACAAUACUGCACUCAAUAGAAUUGCUGUAGAACGUUUACAUCUAAGUAAUCCUACGUUUGCUCAAACAAAUUCUUUGGUUUCCACUGUGAUGUCUGCAAGCACAACUACAUUGCGGUAUCCAGGGUAUAUGAACAACGAUUUGGUUGGUCUUCUUGCCUCUUUAAUUCCAACCCCAAGAUGUCAUUUUCUUAUGACAGGUUACACACCACUUACAGUGGAGCGCCAGGCCAAUGUGAUUCGCAAAACUACUGUCCUUGAUGUUAUGAGAAGACUUCUCCAGACAAAAAAUAUUAUGGUUUCCUCUUAUGCACGCACAAAAGAAGCUAGCCAAGCAAAGUAUAUUUCCAUACUGAAUAUCAUUCAAGGGGAAGUAGAUCCUACUCAGGUGCAUGAAAGUCUACAGAGGAUUCGUGAAAGAAAGCUAGUAAAUUUUAUUGAAUGGGGCCCUGCAAGUAUUCAGGUUGCUCUUUCUAGAAAGUCCCCAUAUGUCCAGACUGCCCAUAGGGUGAGUGGUCUUAUGCUAGCAAGUCAUACCAGUAUCCGACACCUCUUCAGCAAAUGUUUGAGCCAGUAUGAGAAGUUGAGAAAGAAGCAAGCAUUUCUUGACAAUUAUCGGAAGUUCCCAAUGUUUGCUGACAAUGACCUUUCUGAGUUUGAUGAAUCAAGGGACAUAAUUGAAAGUUUGGUUGACGAAUACAAGGCUUGUGAGUCACCAGAUUAUAUCAAAUGGGGAAUGGAGGAUCCUGACAAUUUAACUGGAGAAGGAAAUGCCUCAGGAACACUGGAUCCGAAAUUGGCUGUGUGAACAGAAUAAGGCUCAAUUGCGAGUUCUUCUCAGGAUACCGCAUAAAUAUUAGGACCAUUUUGGGGAGUGGAAUGCAAUUUUAGUUUUUCUUUUUAAUAUCCUUGUGUAUCCGGUUUUGUGUAUUUAACAGAAGAAAAGUUGAUUUUAGGAUGAUAGCAUCAUGGCUUGUAAUUGGGUAAUUGUUUUGAGUUUGAUUUUAGGAUCUCACUGAUACUUCUUGAGAAAGACCUGCGCCUGGUUUGAGUUGGAUGUAUAUUUUUGCGUAGGAUUUGUUAGGUGUUGUGUGCCGUGGUAGUUAAAAGUUUUAUCCUAACAGAUCUGUUUUUGGAGUGGAGCUAAAAGGAUUAGAAUUGGUAACCAUUUAAAAUGGUUUGAGUGGGAAUAUCAUUCUAAUUCAAAACAAAAGGUAUCAUCGGCACGGGAUCGACAUAGCAUGUGCUGUCAUAUCAUUUGUGUGAAUAUAUGCUUAUAUCAUGGUCUGGUCCCAUCCCGUACCGUACAUAAUUUGAAUGACGUUUUUUCUCGCC